AUGUCGCUUCAUCGCUCAGCAACACGUCGUGGCCCGCCUCCCUUGGCGGCUCCCAAGCCGAAGAAAGGUUAUGAAAAUGUCGAGCAGGGUGUCAAGCAACUCUACCCCGACCCAUCGUCUGACAAGAAGACAGACAUGGAUAUUGUAUUUGUUUCAGGACUGGGCGCUCACCCACUUUUGAGCUUUAAAUCAACAGAAACGAAUUUUAACUGGGCGAGUGAUGAAGAUGGUAUAUCACGCGACUUCCCGAACGCUCGUAUCCUUCUUUACCACUCCGAGUCAUCUUGGACUGGAGCCAUCCGAGUAAAGCAGUUUCUUUCCAACUUAGCACAUACACUCCUUGAAGGGUUGAAAGGGAAGAGAGAGAAUGCCGCUUCUCUGAGACCAAUCACGUUUAUCGGACACAGUAUGGGUGGACUGGUCAUUGCCAAGGCUGUCCACACCGCUGCAACUCGACCAGAUCUUUUUCCCGGCAUGUACGAGGCUACGGCUGGUUGUGCAUUCUUUGGAACUCCCUUCAGAGGCGCCGAAGCCGCGUCUUGGGCCUGCAUGCUUUCUCAAGUUGGAGAAGUAAUGGGAAUUUCAACAGCGUCGAAACUGCUCGAGAAUAUGAGACCUGACGACGAAUACAUCAAUGAGCUCAGAAAGGAGUUUGUCCGUCUUGCAGUCAACAUAAACCCCAAAAUUGAGUUAUUCGGCUUUUAUGAGCAACAGCCUACGACCAUCAAGGAUUUGUCCGGAAUGCCUCAGUUUCUAUCGGCCCUGAACAUUCCCCUCCCCAAAAAGGUUGGAGAGUUUGUCACACGCGAGUCUACCAUGCUAGACGGUGUGGACAUGAUGGGACUAUCCGCCAAUCAUCGAGACUUGGUCAAGUUUAAAAGCUCCAAGGAUGACCGAUACAUGUUGGUGCGAGGUCCUCUCAAACACCUUAUCAAUGGUUCAGAUCUGCGUGUCAAGAACCGGCACAAUGCAACACGCCAUGUGGAUAGGGUACUUGUCAACCAAGCAAGAAGACUACUGGAAGGUGCGUCAGUGCAGAGGAAGAGAGAGACGAUCAAGCGCAACACGACAACAUCUCCUUGGUUCGCCAAGGAACCUGAGUUCGUAGGUUGGCUUUCCAAGCCUAAUGAGACAGAAGAUUCAUCUCUUGUCAAGAAGUGCGAUUGUCUAUGGAUUCGCGGUCGUGAUGGCCGCGGUAAGACAAGCGCUGCUUUGUCUGCUAUCGAGAAGAUUGAGGAGUUAUCCAAAGACGAUGAAGGCGAGGCAGAGGUUGAGAACGCAGAGGAGUCGCAUCGGGCCUCGUCACACGUCUAUCUGGCCUAUUUCUUUUGCGACAAAACAGCAGACUACAGUACAGCUGAGGAACUGUUGAAGGCCCUCAUUCACCAGAUCAUUUCCAAGCAAGAGUUGGCUGCGAUACACGCCAAAUUCCUGCUCAAGAAGAAAGGGCGUGACCCCGCAGCUCUACUGACUGUUGAGAAUCUGUGGCAGGUACUCCAAGACAUCCUUUCGGAUGACAUAUUUAUUGGGGCUCGGAUGUACUUCGUUAUUAACAAUUUGGAGACCAUCUCUGCAGACGCUGUCUCGACAGCGACUUUAUUGAGUCUCAUAAGCUCCGAAUUCGAGCACGAUGGAAGUGGCAGACGCCCACUUGUACGAUGGAUGUUCACUAGUGGUCAGUCCUGGCAAAUCGACCAGGCCCUAAGGAAGCCUUUAGUCCGCUUAGUCGAUCUCGAAGAUGAGAAGUACGGUGAUCAGGUUCAACUGGAGUUACGCAAGCAUGCUCAGAAAAAGGUGCAGGAGUUGGUGCAGCACAAGAAGUACAGCAAGGCUUUGGUGUAUUUCACCAGCAGUGUCAUUGGUCAGCGAGCCCAAAACACACAAUGGAUCGACAUUACAUGCGAUUCCCUCGAAGAUCUUCCGCAGCAUGACAACGAUCUCCAAGUCCGUCGUCUACUCGAAGGUGUUCCGCAAGAGCUGGACUCGCUUCUAAAUGCUGCGUGGCAGGAUGUCUUGGAUAGGAACCGAUCCAAAGCUGGCGAGAUUAAGGAGAUGCUGCGUGUGCUUGUUCUCACGUACGUGGAUCCGACCGAGUCAGAGCUUGGCCUUCUCGCUGGGUUGCAAUCAUCGAACGAACAGGUUUCCGAGUUGCACGACCUCAUCCUCAAGUGCAGGCCUUUGAUCGUGCUCAAGACGAACGAAGGGUCUAUUGAGCCUACCGUAUGCUUCGCUUUUCCCGUGGUCAAGACCCAUCUCCUCGAGAACGCCCAUCGACUACUUGGUCUCACAGAGGAUGACGUCAAACUACAGCACGGAAUUCUCGGUUUUCGAGCAUUCAGUCACGUCAUGGAGACCUUCGGCGACCUUCCCGAUGAAGAUGUAGAGGAGCUGCAAGAGGACACGGAUCAGGCACUCGAUACUGUCGAAGAAGAACAGGAGGAAGAUGGAUCUGAAAACAACGCUGAUAAGGCCGAGGAGAAUGAGAACGAUGAGGAGAGUGUCGCGGAUGAGGUUCAGGAUGGCAAUUCGGACGACGGCUCCGAGCUCUCCAAUGGUGGGCACGAACAAGAAGAGUACGAGGAGGAAGAUCGGGAGGCCCCGCGCCUGAAAGAUAUCGCCUUGGCUUACGCGGUUAAGCAUUGGCUUGACCAUGCUAGCCAGGCUACAGCCGAAAUUGCCGAGGCGCUGAGCUGGGAAGAGAAGUUCUGGGAGAAGGGUUCUAAGGUUCGACGCCGUUGGCUGACAGAGCACAAUCGGCUGACAUGGUCUUUUCAUUACUUCAACCGUGCCUCCCUCACUGGACUACACGUUGCAGCUGCCAUUGGCUUCAGGGGACUUGUCUCCGCUCUAAUGGACAACGGUUAUGCUGAAGACAUGCAUGCGUACGAUGACCUCGACAACCAACCGCUUCAUUUCGCCGCAUAUCUUGGCCAAUCAGAAAACGUGGAAGAGCUCCUCAACAGAGGUGCCAAUCUGGAUGCGGGCAAAGAGCGGGAUGCGGUGACACCUUUAGGUAUGGCGGCAGAGGCAGGAGACGUCAAGAUCAUGACACAGCUUUUGCAACGAGGGGCAGAUCCAAACGCCAGUUGUUCGGAACGUGGAGCUGUGGUCUGCUCGGCUAUUCAGUCCGGAAAUACCGAAGCAGUGAAGCUUUUGGUUGCUCACAACGUGUCUCUCGUGACGCCGAAGGAGGAGAAAGGUGAGGCUGAGUCUGGAGACAAGAAGGAGGAAGGGAAGAACGAGGACAGCGAUGGUGAAGACGACAAUGACGACAAUGACGACAAUGACGACAAUGACGACAGUGAUAGUGACAGCGACAGUGAUGACGAUGGUAACGAAGAAGAUGAUGAGGAGAUUGUGAAAUGUCCUCUCGCUCUGGCAGCCAUGAGAGCCGACCUGUCAGUCUUUGAGUUCCUCAUAAGCGAGUACUCAGACAAACUGCCCUCCUCAGAAUUCGAGACCGCGCUUAUCAAAGCGGCAGAAUGGGGUCGAACUGAAGCCUUCAAGCGACUCUUCAACGAUUUUGAGCAGUCGCUAGAUGCCAAGCAGCAAGCUCUGGACGAAGCGGCAAGAGCAGCCGACGGACAUUGGGACAUUAUUACCAUGAUACUGGAGAGAUGUCCCGGUCUGAACUGUGACAAGGCUUUCCUCUUCACGGCUCAGGGAUCUGACGGUGAUGAGGAGUUGCGAAUCCUCGAGGCUAUGUGGGAGUAUAGCCAGGGGGGCAUAUCCCCAGAGACCCUAGAUGAAUCUCUGUACGAAGCUACUGAUGAACAGAAUCAGAGGACUGUCGAGCUGCUUCUGAGGUACGGAGCCAGUGCCAAUGCGACUGGCGAAGUAUAUGGCAAUGCCCUCACUGCAGCAGCGUAUGAUGGCAACCACGACAUUGUAACUAUGCUUCUCGACGCUGGUGCCGACAUCAACUCUGAUGAUGGCUGGGCUCUUCAAACCGCUGCGGAGCAUAACCAUAUUGACGUAGUCAAGCUCCUCUUGGAGCGCGGCGCCGACGUCAACAAACUCACGACUCACGAGAACAUGCCUGAAGGUAGAGCCCUCCAAGCCGCUGUACAAUACGGCAAAGACGAGGUUGUCGAUGUAUUACUCGAACACGGGGCCGAUCCUAACCUCGGAGGAGGUGACAACAAGUAUCCUAUCAUCGGCGCAGCGAAGGGGAGGGAAGAGGAUAUUUUCAAGAAACUCAUCGCAGCCAAGGCCGACGUCAAUGUUGUAGGUGGUUCGGAUGACACCACCCCUCUUGUUGAAGCAGCGUUCUACCUAUCCAAGGAGUCGCUGCAGCUCGUCCUCGACUCUGGGGCGGAUAUCAACCAUAAGGAUAUCUACGGCAACACGGCGCUGAUGCUGGCGGCUGGAAGGGGAGAGAACGAAUCCGUGGAACUACUUCUCGAGCGCGGCGCAGACGUUCUGAUCGUGGAUCAGGAUGGUGAAAAUGCAUUGCAGAAGGCUUUUGACAACGGAGAUGACUUGACUACCUCGGCAGUGAUCAAGCAUGUCUCCAAGCUGAUGGGUGCAAUUAGAGUCUCUAUGGAAUCUGGUGAUGCUGCCGUUACUGCGGUAGUUCGAAGUGUGCAGAGCAAGGGCCAGGAACUCAAUUACGAUGACCCCCCUGUGGAGGCUAAGGUUGAGAGCGCAAGAAGCUCUGUGUACGGAGGAGUACCGCCCGAAACCCCUCUGGGAACGUUUCAACCAGCAAUGUCCAACUUCCAUUCGGAGAAGAUUCCCGCGGACGAACCCCAGACUGCGCCGAGCCAUGGUUAUACUCUACGUGAACAAGUGAACAGACCCUCCAUCACACCAUCAGGACCUUCUGCCGACUCUGUCCAAGACUUGUACAGUCCAGCCACGGGCAUCCUCGACUUUAACCCCGAGCCACUGUUUAAACGGCAAUCCGACCUCGGUCCCAUGGCGCCAGGACAAGCAUCAAGUCCCAUCCGAAGGAAGCCAAUUACUGGGCCUCAUCCGCCCACGUACAGACCAUACGUGCCCGGUUCGGGCGACAACAUACGGCAUUCAACUCCUCCUGGAUCGUUAGCGAGCGCUUUCCAGGCAUAUCGGCCUACACAACAGCAUACGCCGCCUCAUGAAACACAACCUGGGUUCUCACCACCGGCCUUUACGCCGCCAAGUCAUACUUCGCCUGAGCCUGGGUUCGUGCCAUAUGCGCCUGGUGUUCCUGGGCAGCCCAGACCGGAAGCAGCUCGGAAGUCAUCACGGACGUCGUUUAUGGGAAUGAAGGUCCCUUGGUCGGAUCACAAUCGGUUUGGCUGA